AUGAAACUAUUCGUCGUGCUGUUUGCGCUGCUGGCGGCGGCAGUUGCGGCUCCUGUCGCACAAUUUGGGUUUGGAUUCCCCGGCCUAGGAGGAGGCUUCAUUCCGGUAGCGGUUGCGGUACCCGUAGCAGUGGCACCGAUCGGUGUAGCCCCGGUUGGAAUCGUAUCUCCGAUCGAAUACGCAGCGCCAGGGUACCAUCAUCACCCGCGGUACUAUCCGCAUCACGGACCGCAUCACGCACCGUACUAUGGUGGUGGACCAGUGGGUGGAGGUGGCUUCUCCGGCAGUCAGGCGAAUGCGCAAUCGGCAUCGUUCAACAUCGGUCUCGGCGGCAUCUCGGGCUCGUUCAGUAAUUCGAACGCAAACUCGUUCGGAGGUGGUCACGGAGGUGGUUUCGGAGGAGGUUCGGGUGCGCAGGCAUCCGCACAGUCUGGCUCGUUCGGUGGCGGUCUUGGAGGAUUCGGAGGAUCGGCAUCGAGUGCACAGGCAUCGGCCAAUUCGUUCGGAGGUGGCGGUGGACUUUUCCCGUUCUUCUAA